ACGGGACAGUUCGCGCAGGCGCGUUUCAUUGUUUUGACUGAAAAUGCCGUCGGUUUCGAAAACGGCGGCGAACGCUUCUCCUCAAACCGAGAAACCAACCCACUAUACAUAUUUGAAGGAGUUUAGGACCGAACAGUGCCCUCUCUUCCUGCAGCACAAGUGCACACAACAUAGACCCUUUACAUGUUUUAAUUGGCAUUUCCUCAACCAGAGGCGAAGACGACCGAUUAGAAGAAGAGAUGGAACUUUUAACUACAGCCCUGACGUUUAUUGCACAAAAUAUGACGAGACAACGGGCAUUUGCCCAGAUGGAGAAGACUGUCCUUACUUGCACCGGACCACUGGUGACACAGAGCGCAAGUACCAUCUUCGCUAUUACAAGACUGGUACCUGUAUCCAUGAAACUGAUGCCCGCGGACACUGCGUGAAGAACGGCCUACACUGCGCCUUUGCCCAUGGCCCACAUGAUCUCCGCCCCCCGGUCUACGAUAUCAGUAGCUCUCUCACUGAUCUUCUUCAUGUGCACAGAGAGAUCCAGGCACAGGAAGCCCUCCAGAAUGGCCAGUUGGGAUCUGGAGAAGGUAUCCCUGAUCUACAGCCUGGCGUACUGGCCAGCCAAGCCAUGAUAGAGAAGACUCUUACAGAGGACCCCCGGUGGCAGGACACCAAUUUUGUUUUAGCAAACUACAAAACAGAGCAGUGCACCAAGCCUCCACGACUAUGCAGACAGGGCUAUGCCUGCCCUCACUACCACAAUAGUAGAGACAGAAGACGAAAUCCACGCAAGUUCAAAUACAGGUCAACUCCGUGUCCCAAUGUGAAACAUGGGGAUGAGUGGGGAGAGCCAUCGAAGUGUGACAGCGGAGACAGCUGUCAAUACUGUCACUCACGCACUGAACAGCAGUUCCACCCAGAGAUCUACAAAUCCACCAAAUGUAAUGACAUGAGGCAAACUGGUUAUUGUCCUAGAGGGCCGUUCUGUGCGUUUGCGCAUGUAGAAAGAAUUCCCUCCACGGAAGAGACCAUGAACUCAUUGCUAACAGCGAUGCAGUCGGGUUCCCAGGCCAAGCUGGGCUCUCAGCAGUAUUCAGAGUGUCCGGUCAGCGAGUGGGGCAGCAGUGCACACUCCAUCAGCAGCAUCAACAACGGCCAAGUGGGGAAUGUUUCAUAUUCUAAUAGUCCGACUGUAACGCCAAGCUCAGGAAGCAACAGUUCAUUGUCCCCAAUCGGACCCAUCGGCAGGUCCAAAUGCUUAACUAAUGGUAGCUUAUGUUCAGAGUCCACCACGUCAAGUGUGUCAUCUCUGACGUCUAACUAUCCCAAAGCGCCGGGCUUUGAACGCGAGGAUCAGAUAAAGAACUAUAAGGGACAUAGUGAUCAAAAGAUGAUGGACCAAGACAAGCAGACACACAAUAGUGUAUUCUCUGGGAUGAACCCUCUGGCAUCCAGCAUAACCUCCAGUAUAGAAUCUAGCCUGGCCUCCAGUAUUGGAUCAGAUAGUUCCUCACCCACCACCUUAUCAACAAUGAAUGCAAAAGCAACCCCAUUCUAUCCUGGGAGUAAUACUGUGGAGUCAGUUAUAGGUUCUGCUCUUGACCUGAAUUUUUGUGACAUCAAUGUUGCCUCUCUUGAUAAAGAGUUUGAGGAGCAAGAAAACAACAGUCUUGGUUUAAGUCAAAGGAUGCUGGGAGGAUCCGCUCCUGUCAACAUUCCUGGCUCCCUUGCACGGUCUUCUUCAUUGAAUUCCAACUCCUCGCUCUCUGCAUCCCCUCUGAGCUCCCUCUCCCAGUGCCUGUUGUCAGGAAUGGCUCCACAGCAGACUCAGCCUCAGGGCUUGCUAACCAAACCUGAGCAUGGCCUUCUGGGAACACCUACCUCCUCUCAGAACUCUCUGGGUUUGAAUGGGGGAGCUAGCAGCAUAUGGGACUUUGUGAGUGGCAACUUCUCUCCCAGCCCAUCACCAGUGUUCGGCAGCCUGGGCUCCACCACUGUGAGCAGCAGCGCUGACCUGAACCGGCUCUUCAGGGAGCUGGAUGAGGCAAAUAGGAAGAUCAAGCAAUGGGAAGACGCCUGGCACCAGGUCAAGCAGGCAUGUGAGGCCUGGCAGAAAGAUUCCCAUGAUGCAAAAGAACAAGCAAAGUCGGCCGAGGUGGAGCGGCAGCUGGCAGAGCAGAAGCGAGAGGACACUGAGCGCAAGCUGAAGGAGCUCCAGGGGGACUUUGACGUGCUGUGUCGCUCCCCUGGCACACCCCUGCUUAGAAGCUAUGGAGACCUGGACCAGCUCCCUCUACCAAAGCUCCACUCCAUCCAGAGCCAGCUGCGCACUGACCUAGACCUUAUAGACGGGGUAAUAUAUCAGCUUCAGUCAAAGAAAUGUAUAGUUUGCCAAACGCAUGAUCGCUGCAUAGUCCUGCAGCCGUGCCAACAUUAUGUACUUUGUAAGAACUGUGCACCUAGUAAAUCAGAAUGUCCAUACUGUAAGACAAAAAUAUUGAAGUGGUGAUGUACAAUUAUUCAAGGUACUACUUAAGGAAUUUGCCCUUUGAAGAACUACUAAUACAUAUAGUAUGCUUACAUUUUCUAAAUAGCAUUUUGUGUUUCAGUAUUCAUAUAGUAAUUCAAUUAAUGGUUUAAUUUGAACUACAUAAAUGGUGUUAAAUGUAGUAUGUUAUUUUGUAUUGUAAUGGAUCACUUACAUUUUCCAAAAAGUUUGGGCAUCCAUAGUUCCAAGUGGGCCUAAUUUGACUAUCACUGAAACACAUCAGUCAAACAUUAUUAUUAGUAUUGCAACCAUCUUUAUGAAGAUUGAUUUCUCUUAAAGCACUUUGUUGACCUGGGAAUUUGUUCAAGGGUAUUUUAGAAAUUAGCUUUGAGCUGUUUUUGUUUCUUAGAUUUACAUAUUAUUUUUCUUAAUAUGCUAAUGUAUCCUGCUUUCGUGUGUACUGUGAAACAUACUAGAAUAUUUCAUGUUUCCUUUUGUUAAAUCAUGGUAUAGUUCUAUAUAUCUUGAUAGUUUUCAUAGAAAAGUGCUAAACUAUCGUUUCUACUUUUCAUUCUUUAAUUUACACAUUUCCAUCAAAUAAGUACACAUGUUUGAAUGCAUUUUAGGCAUAACCAGCAGCUAUAAUGUCAGUAAGGCACAUUUAUGCUAAAGCAGUUAGCAAAUCAAUUGUCUUUUAAUGAUUUACUGAAUUGUUCAUUAUGUAGUUGUUAGAGGAGCAUGUCUUGAUGUACACAAGUCUGACAGUGAAUUUGAUCGGAUUCCUACUAGCUCUCAAACAUGUCUAGAACAUAUCUGAUACUUGGCCUCUAUUCUAGUCUCAAGUGCCUUGCCUUAGACGAUAACCAUGAGCAUCGAUGCUUAGAGGAUUGUUGUAAAAGCAGACACAGGUAGUCAAAGCUUCUGCACACAUUUCUGCAUCAUAUGUAUAUGCCAUAGUGUAUUGCCCAAUCCUAUGUCAAAUUAUUUCCUCAGAUUAUAGUUGUAUGAAGAUAUACAUCUUGUCAGUGCCUGUGUCCUGACUUCACGCUUACAAACAAUAUAUUUUCCUUGUCUAAACAGGCAAUGGUGCUUUUUUGGUGCGGCUUUCAUUUAAAUCUUUGAUUUAGUGGUUGGGAGUAUGCAAGCAAGGAAACAACUCUGGUCUUGUUUGUAAACAAGAUUAAAAACAGGCUCUGCUAUACAUUUUAGACUGGUGUUUGUAAGAUGCAUCAAUGGUGUUGAACCUGUAAGUUUUGUUUUCAAAUACGACAGUGUAAUGUGCUUAGCUAGGUUAAUCUAAUUGAAAUGACCUUCUACUGUGUUCAAAAUAUGUAUUUUUCCUCGCUCUAUAUCUUGGUCCUUUUAAUAUUCACAGCAAUUAGUGUGUUCAGUAGAAAACCAUAUUCCCAGGUACACGAUUUGUAACUUAGUUAUAAAAAAUUAGAAAUAAAAUAGUUUACAUUUACAUGGAUGGUAAUUCAGAAACUCAGAAAAACAAAACUUGUGUUUAUCCUAAAAUAAAAAAGGUAGUGUUCCCUCAUGUUAUCAUGUUAAAAUGGCAGGCGAAACAAUUUUAUUGCAUGUCUUAUACGCGUCAUACGUUAACCAGCUACAAAUCUAGAUCACUGCCAGAUAUAUUUGUAUUGUGAGUCUAGCAUACUGUAGAGUCGAUCACUUCACUUUUGCAAGCUUUGCCGCUGCUGAGAGAGAUGUAUACAUGUAGUUGUAAUGCAUUUACAUUCAAGUUUUAUUGUGCAUACACAGUUCAGAUUUCAGACAUCAGAAGCCUAAAUUGUCACACGUUAAGCAGUAACACGUUUUACUUAAUAUAUAUCAAAAUGGUAUCACAACAAUGUCAUGGAGUCUAACAUUUGGUAUACCAGGUUUAACUUCUAUAAUGUUAUAGUUCAAGUAAAGUACCACUUAAACAAAGACUCUUUUGAUUAAAUUGUUUUUUUUUUUUUUUUUACGUUCGGAUACUUUUGUGAAUCUUCGAAAACAUUGUUACAGGCCAAUCAAUGUACUGCUGUAGAAUGUCUCAAUUCUUAAAUUGGUUGUUGUAGAAUCCUAAUAAAGCUACAGUAAAUGCUCACCUUUUAAUAUACCACAGGUUUUUAUUUUUCCUGUGAUGCCAACUAAGUUAAUGUGGACUUGACUCAAAUGAACCAAAGUGGUGUUGUAGUUUGUUGUAGUUACAUUUAAAAAUAUGUAUUGAAAUGUACAAUUAGUAUAACAUUCUCUUCAAUGGUUCAAUGACAGAACUAUGCCAACUGCUUUUGCUGACAAUAGCAAUGGACUUGAAGCCCAUUUGUAGUUUUACCAAAGAUCUUUAUUGCUAUCGUUUCCUUUUUUAUAACUUAAUUUCAGUAAUCUAAGCAAAUCGUUAACAACCUGAUUUGAAACAAACCAAACCUAACACCUUAUGUAGAUUGGUGUGCAUUUACAGAAACUAAUGGCAUACUUUUUUGUAAAACGAAUGUGGUUAGCAGCAUACACAAUUCUAGUUGUCUACAAGUUAGUGACGUGUUCAUAUUCUUAAGUGGCCAUAUAGACAAGUACCAGUGGAGGCUGCUGAGGGUAGGACGGCUCAUAAUAAUGUCUGAAGCGGGGCGAAUGGUAUUUGAUACCAUUCCGCUCCAGCCAAUGCCACGAGCCUGUCCUCCCCAAUUAAGGUGCCACCAACCUCCUGCGAUGAGUACUAUUUUGAAGUAUGUUGUUCACUUUACAGCUAAAAUCUUAAUCAGUUUUAAAUAUUGAUGGUUGUGAACUACUUGUAUGCUGUCAGGAGUAUAGAGUACACUUUGACUGUAAUGUGCUUUCUUUCAUUUUCACUUGACUGGUGUUUUCUUCACAAUUUACUGCAGUCAUUGGAAAGAUGGUGAUUAGUGUAUCAUUAGUUUAUUGGUUAGAUAUGAGUGAGUCAUUGACGGGUGAAAUGACAGAACUUGAUUUAUUUAAACCAGCAUCAAUGGCAGAUACAGACGUGAGUAAGUUUAAGGAGCAACUCUUAUCACUCAUUUGUUCUUGGUCCUUCACCCCUCUUCAAUGUGGCAUACUAAGUAUACAUCUCCCUUUUACACUGAAUAAAACUUAAGCUCAUAUUUUAUAAAUAUGGCUCUAAAUCAUUCAAUGUUAUGGCCAUAUUAAACUAAUGUUCUUUUUACAAUGGACCAAUUUAGUUUUUUUUUAAUAUAAAUCGGUGCCUUAUGUUAAUGUCAUAUUUUAACUGGCAUUUGAAGAGUAUUGCUCUUAAUGAGGGGUGGCUUACAGUAAAACGGAAAAAUAAUCCAAAUUCUAGUGCCUUUAGAUAAUUGUAUGUACCAUAAUCUCCCCAAUUAAAAUCUGUGGUGGAUACCACUCAGAUGAUUAGCUUUUUCGAUAUUAUCACUUAAUGAUUUGAGUGGCAAAAUUUGUUUUGUCGCUUGGAAAAGUUAAGAAUUCUAUGAAGAGCUAGCAUUCGUAAGUGAUCAGAGAAGGGCCGUUUUGAACCAGACUGCAUGUUUCGUAAGGGAGGCUUAGGGCACCCUUAGAAUGAUAAAUACUGCUUCUUCAUCUCAGUCUGUAUUUGCCAUAUCACUCUUCAUAACAUGCCACAAUACCAACCACCAAUAAAUACUGGAGUCAACUUUAUUGGCACAAGAAAAAACAGACAAUUACUGUUAAAGAAAAGCACCAAGUACGACUCUGUUGUAAAUUAAAUGUAAUUGAGAUGUAACAAUGCUCUGCAGUGGAUUAGCAUAAUCUAUUUUACAUUCUUGUAAAGUGUUUGUUUCUUUGUUUUAUUAAAUAUUGUGAUCAUGGAACCUGAAGAUUUUAUGCAAUCUUGCACAUACAUAAAUGUAUGACGCUGUUCCAAUUUGGUAUGGAGAGAAAUGCAUAUUGCAGCAUAGAAUUUUUGUAAAAACAUUUAAUUGUUCCCAAUGGUUAAUUUCAAAAUGUUCAUUUAACAUAGAAACCCUGAAAUAUUGAAUGUACCGUUCUAAAUUAGAUAUUUAAUAGGUCACUGGUUAAUAUGGAGAGCAGUUCAUUCGUUAGCUAUGAUGUAGCAUCUAGUUUUGUGAAUUGCUAUACAAUGAAAUAAAUGUAAGACUUAAACAUGCCGAUUUCCGGUCUCUGUAUUUAUCAGUGUAAUGAUUAAGGGGAGAAUACAUUUGAUUUUCUCAGGGUUUUGGUGGACUGUAGGAUAAAAGGUUCUUAAAUUGUGAACUGUAGUUUGUAGAUGUAUUUGCGCUGAUGUCGAUGGAAGUAGACAUUUGUAUUACGAAUGAGAAACAUGUCCCUUAUUUUGUUACAAUAAAGUAUGGACAAAUAGGA